UCGGCUGCGUGCGCAGGGUUCACUCGUGUCCUGCCCUUGUGCUGUGAUCCGGCGCGUGGACAGAGACACACUGCAUUUCUCUCCUUCAUACACACACACACACACACACACACACACUGAGAGAGAGAGAGAGAGAGAGAGAGAGAGAGAGAGAGAGAGAGAGAGAGAGAAGGAGAGAAAGAGAGAGAGGAGGCGGAAACCUCCAUCUGCCCUGCUCGGUGACCGACCCGUCAUCCUCGGGCUCGGGGAAGAAACGGAUCCUCUCCUCACCGUGAAGGAACCGAGAAGGAACCGAGGAGGAACCGAGGAGGAACCGAGGAGGGGACAAAAGAAGGAGGAAAAAGGAGGGAAUAUAUCAUGGAGGAGAUCUAUAGUCUAUAUAUAGGCUAUGCCCCGGACUGCACCACCACCACCUCCACCACCUGCCCUCCUGGUACCGGUCAAUGAGAGGCAGCAACAGCCCGGUCUGAACAGAAAACCCUCCCUCUCCAGUUCCUCCUUCACCUCCAUCACCCCUCUUUCUCUCCCUCUCUACCAUGUUCUCCUCACUUCCAUAUGUUAACAAACACACUCGUCUUAUUUUAGCAUCACUGCCUUCCUCCUCCUCCUCCUCCUCCUCCUCCUCCUCUUCCUUCUCUUGCCCUCCUCUCUUCUGAGUCUCUCCUUUCACACACACACACACACACAGACACACACCGGAAAAUGAAGCGUGGGUCGAGUGUGUUGCAGCCUCCCUCUGAUGCAGCCAAACGACACACACACCCUGCAAACACACACACGAACACACACUCUGGUGGUGGUGGUGGUGGUGGUGGCGAUGCUGGCUCUCUGAGUGUGGCCAACACACACGCUGCAGACACGCACGGCGAGCGCACAGCAGACGCCACAGGUUCGAGUCCCUUCCCGGCGGCCACUUCUCUCUUCAGCCCUGAUGUCAGCACCAAGAUGGCGUCCGACCUCCUCAUUAGGCUGUCAGAGGCCACCCAGAAGGCCCAGGUGCAUCCUGGGAGGCGAGUGGAGGUGGAGCUUCAAAGGCGUGAGGCCCUGCCGGAGGCGCGAGGUGGUCAGCAGGACGAGCCGGGCCUCGCUCUCUCGCCGGACGGGCCCGGGGCGAGUCCUGAGCCGCCAUCGCUCUCACAUACGCCUGACGGCAACGCUGCAACGGACACACUGGCUUCAGACAUGCUGAGGAAACUGGCAGAGCGCCAAGAAGUUCACAUCCACGCUGUGAGGGUCAAAGAAGAAGAAGAGCCAAUGGAAGUCGACACGCUUGUCGUCCGUGAUCGACCAAUCAAAAAAGAGAUGACCUCACCUUCCCUGAUGGCGAGCCGCCAUCACUUCAGCAUAAAAACAGAGGACCAGGUCCUCAGUGGUCACAAGAAUGGAGAGCAGAUGCAUCCUGGAGCCACGAUGGCCGACCGGUGUCUCCAUGGCCUUAAAAGAGAGGACACAUUUGAUACCAGCUCUAAGACUGCAGCCAGCCUCGUCUCUGGAGCUAGCAAGCUUCAGUUCCGAGUAAAAAUGGAGGACCACAGCGUCUCUGGAGCCAAAAUGGAAGACCAGCUCCUACCUGGGGCUAAAAUGGAGGAACGGCUUCUCCUUAAAGCAAAAAAUGCAGAGCGACCUCUCUCUGCCGCCAAAAUGAGCAACAGAUUUCUUACUGGAGCCAAGAUGGUGGACCAGUUUCCUUCAGGGGCCAAGCUGGAGAACCAGCUCCUCUUGGGAAACAAAAUGGAGAGUCGGCUCAUUCCUGGAGCCAAAAUGGCAGACCAGGUUUUCCCAGGAGUGAAGACGGAGGACCAGCUCUUCUUUGGAGUCAAGUCAGAGGACCAGUUCAACUCCGGAGCCAAGAUGGCCGACCAGUGCCUCCGAGCCGUGCUGUGGCAGGACAUGUCGGUGAACCUGGCGUCCACGCUGCUUCACCAGCUCUCAGAGAGGGUCAGUAAAUCCAACAGCCGGCUGGUGGAGAGGAUGACUCCGCCCCUCAGAAGCAGUCCUGUUUUAAAGGUGAAUGUGGAUACUCUUCGCUCCUCCCCCCUCCUCAGCUCACAGGAACCUCCACAUGAAACCAAAACCAGCUUCAGUAAAGAUCAAACCACAGGUUGCUCUUACUUCUACAGGUGUCACGUCUGUGGCUUUGAGACGGACGGGCGAGCCCUGUUCCAGAGUCACAUGACCGAACACCGCCAAUGGGAGCAGGCCUCCUUCUCGCUGCACUGCUGCGUGUGCGACCACUCGACCAAUCAGGAGGCGGAAAUGAGGGCUCAUGCCAACACGCACAUACACGGGAACACGGACGCCAGCGGAGAGAUGAGAUGCCCCGUCACACCUCCCACCGCCACCCUCGGCAUCGCUCCGUCAGUUUCCAUGCCAACCCAGCCGGAGAAUAGCACCUCGGAGCAUCGCUGCCGCAUCUGCCAGAGGUCGUUUCCAGGGCAACAGGAGCUGCUGGUUCACUUCCAGGGUCAUCGCCAAGGCAACCAGUACCGGUGCGACCGGUGCGGCCACCUGACGCGAACCGCCAACAAGCUGGUGGAGCACGUGCGCGUGCACACGGGCGAGCGACCGUUCACCUGCGAGCUCUGCCCCUACAGCGCCAAGAGACGGGACAGUCUGCGGCUGCACUGCAAGGUCAAACACCCCGCAGACGUGCACACACACGUGCACACACAUCGCUCCUACGUGCAUGGAGACAAUCAGAGAGGAGUGCACAAACACCUGCAGCGGCUGCACACACCGCCGCACAUGCACACUGCUGCUCCCUCCUCCUCCUCCUCCUUCUCCUCCUCCUCCUCCUCCUCCUCCUCCUCCUCUCUUCCUGCUCUUCAUCCCUUGCUCUCUGACCGCGCAGGCUGGAGGGAUCUGUCUCCUCUCCUCCCCAUCACCACACUUAUCACUCUGAAACCACGUACUCCUUCUUCAUCCCCCUCCUCCUCCUCCUCCUCCUCCUCCUCGUCUUCCUCCAACAAACACUCCUUCCUCGGUUACCUUGGUCUGACGACGUCUUUGUAAAUGCUUUCUUUUCUUUUGUCCCUUUAACCCCUCCUUCUUUCCUCCUCCCUCCUUUCUUCUCCUUCAUCCCUCGUUCCUUCUUCUUCCUUUACCUGAUAUCCUUGACCUCUUUUGUCUCCCCUCUUUCUCUCCCUGUCCUCUAUAGAUCAUAUUCACAUGACAGCUGUUGUGCUGACGUCACACUCAGGGUGGAUUAUUGAGCCGUGAAGUCUGCGUUUAGCAUGGGAGGUGUUCCAGUUUCUGUCUGUAGAAAAAUGUGUGGUCCAAGUUGUAUUGACCAAUCACAAGACAGAAUUCCAUUCAACAAACAAACAUUGUAGUUUUCUUCUCCUCUUGAGGACAGACCUGACAAAGACUUUUACUUUCAGCUACAACUAACCUGUAAUUACAGAUUCUGAUUCAGAAACAUGUUGAAUCUGGAUCUCAGGGUCUGGAUUUUAGUCUGAGAAGGGUUCUGGUUUCUGUCUGUAGUCUGAGUAGUAUCCAACAAUCAGGUGUCAGAAGGAAAAACAGUCUGUAUGGAGAGCAGCAGCAGGUGUUCUAGAAUUCUGACAUCAAAGACAGAGUUUCAGAAUUCUGUCUUUGAUGUCAGAAUUCUGUCUUUGAUGAUGUCAGAAUUCUAUCUGUGAUGUCAGAAUUCUGUCUUUGAUGAUGUCAGAAUUCUAUCUUUGAUGUCAGAAUUCUGCCUUUGAUGAUGUCAGAAUUCUGUCUGUGAUGUCAGAAUUCUGUCUUUGAUGACGUCAGAAUUCUGUCUUUGAUGACGUCAGAAUUCUGCCUGUGAUGUCAGAAAUCUGUCUUUGAUGACGCCAGAAUUCUGCCUGUGAUGUCAGAAAUCUGUCUUUGAUGUCAGAAUUCUGUCUGUGAUGAUGUCAGAAUUCUGUCUUUGAUGAUGUCAGAAUUCUGUCUUUGAUGAUGUCAGAAUUCUGUCUUUGAUGUCAGAAUUCUGAGAACAAAUAUAACAUUCUGUGAAGAAGGUCAGAACUAAAAAAUACAUCAGUAUCUCUAAUCCUCUUUCAUAGACCUCCUUUCACAAACAAACAUUUUAAAAGUAGUGUUCUUCAGACCCGUUAAUUACCAGAACAUCAGUUCUUGUUUCAGGUUCAUAGCGCUGAAGGAAGCUCCUGUGUAACUUAUUAUUUACAUUGAAACUGAGACUCACCAGAAACUGAUGAUCAGGUGCUAACAAAACAUACAAAGAAGACAUUUCUGGAGGGGUAAAUUCUGUGGCGCUUCUCAUGUUGCUGAUAGGACUAAAAAAAGUCCUAGCUAAAAGUUGUUGAUCGCUAACCACUGACGUACACAGUUAGCAUUAAACUGCUAGCUUAAAUAAACCUGGAGUCUGACCUCAGGUUUGUAUAAAACUGUUCAAUAUGAGCCUAAAUAUCGAUGGAUAUGAGCUUUGUACUGUUGUGUUCUUCAUUCUCAGAUGGAAAUGUUAGCCAGGAAGUGACUGAAUGCUAACGUUAGCUAGCUGUGUUCGGACGGUAGCUUAUGGGACAUCAGGUACGUUUUUUUAUCGUGAUAUGUGGCACAGGAAAUUUACAUCAUCCAUCGACUUUAAACAGACGUGAAAACAGCAUUAACCUUGACAGCUAAGUGUGACAUCACAGGAAAAUGGUCGCCAUGUGAAUGUGGACUAUUCCACUCCUCUCAUUGUUACCUCAUUCCUUUCUUAAUUCCUUCUCCUCUCCUUUCCUCUCCUCCUCCCCCUCCCUCUUCUAUCCAUCCUGUGGACUUUUAAAGUGAUGGAUGUAAAGCUCUGUAAUGUAUCAAGGUACUGUCACUCAGCACUACUGUAUGUAUGAGAAUGUCAAUCAGCUCCUGUUAUGCUAAAUGCACUGAAAACUCACAGUUAGGGAACGUUUUGAAUUUAUUCAACUUUUUGCA